CAGAGUUCGCCAUUGUGGUUCUUCCAUGGAAGAGAACAGUAAUUACACCACUGAUGGCGACGGUGGCUCAACAGAAACUCCGCCAACGCCAACGGAAGGUAUGACCACCGUAUCUCAUCACUAUUUCGGAGAUUCAAAUGGCUCCGACGAUGCCGUAUCCAUCACAAUCGUCGAGAGCAUGAAAGAAGACUACGGCUUGUUCGUGUGGCCAUGUAGUGUUAUUCUAGCGGAGUACGUAUGGCAACAAAGAUCUCGAUUUACUGGAAUUCGCGUGAUUGAGCUUGGAGCUGGAACAUCACUUCCUGGCUUGAUUGCUGCAAAAGUAGGUGCACAAGUCAUUCUUACCGAUGACUCCAACAAACUAGAGGUUUUGGACAACAUGAGAAGAGUCUGUGAGCUUAAUAAUGUCAAGUGUGAGGUAAUGGGGCUUACAUGGGGUGUAUGGGAUGAAUCCAUCUUCAGUUUGCAACCACAAGUAAUCCUUGGAGCUGAUGUGUUGUAUGACUCAAGUGCCUUUGACAACCUCUUUGCAACUGUGAAAUUCCUUCUGGAGAAUUCACCUGGAUCAGUUUUUAUUUCAAGUUAUCACAAUAGAAGUGGGCAUCACCUUAUUGAGUUCUUGAUGGUGAAAUGGCAAUUGAAAUGUGUGAAGCUUCUGGAUGGAUUUUCGUUUCUUCCUUCUUGGAAGGCUUCUGGUUUAAGUGGCAACAUUCAAUUGGUAGAAAUUCGAGACGAAGGCGACCUGUUUGUUGUGGUCAUGCACCAAUAUGAAGACACGGAACACACACCGUUUAAACACGUUAAAGUUUGGCGAAAAUUAAGUGAGUCCCCAAAAUUUAGUCAUUAAAAAUAAGGGUUAAAAACUAGUUUAAGUUUUUUGUGGUUGCAUUUUUUUUUUAUUAUUAUUAUCUUUUUUAUUUUAUUUUGUGUGUUAUAAAUUAAUGUAAUGUUUGUUUCAUUGAAUAAAAAAC